AUGGAGCAGCACCGCCAGAGACUGGUGGAGAUAUACAGACAGGAGGGUGCAGGUGAAGCAGAAAGAGCCGAGGUUAAAAAAAAACUAAUGGAGCUCACAUUCGCUCUACAACGUCGCCAUAUAAAUACACUUCCACCACCUGAGACUGAAGAUUUGAAAAGCAAAUGGCCUUUUCUUUUCAUGCCAAGGUGUAUAUAUGCACAUUUUGAGUUGCUUACAGACAUCGACAUGCUUCGUAGCUUGGAACUUGGUAUGGAAGAAUGUGGAAGGGCCAUCCCUCAAUACUUCAUGGAAAAACCUACUAACAAAGCUGUCAAGGAUGUCCUCUCUAAGGGUGAAGAUAAUGAACUGGCACUUCGUGUUGUUCAGCUGCUCAUGGCACACUUUGGAGAGGACCUAACUGGGCUGAUUCUUCUUGCAGAUGUGUCUGCCACUACAGUGGACGUUGAGACAACUCUCAGUGUUCCUGCCAGUCCUCGCCUGAUACUUCAUGGUGCAACAGGGCAAGUCACAGUUAGAGGUUGGAGGAUCACUCUUGAGGGCCAUGUAAUCUCUGAGGGCAUCACACCGACAUUUGUAACAGGACUUGCUGCUGUGUUUGCAAUCUACUACAUAUUCAACCUUCAGUAUCAAGAUGAAGCAGCCUGUAUUUUGGAAUUCACUCAGAGGCGCUUCAUUGGUAUAAAUCCAGAGAGUGGGAUAAAGGUUGUAUCCAAGGAGAAAGGUGUGAUUGUCCAGAAGAAGUCUUCCACAGUCAACACACACGUCUCCAUUAUCCUGAAGAAACUCCUUGACUUUGAAUGGGACUUCAUAUAGAUCAGUGAGUUCUCCUUAAUCUUGCUGUCUGUCCAUGUGUUGUUUUGACAAUCUGGCAUUGCCACAUUAAGCCACAAGAGUUUAUUAGUUUUAUAAGCAUUAGCUUGGAGAGUAUAUUGUACAUUCCUGAUUGUAUAAUAUUUGUUUGUUAUUGUUUGACAGUGGCUCCACUGGAAUAAUGCUGCAGA